AUGGCUGGAUUUGAUCAUAGUGGUAUAUUUUUUUCGGAUAAUUUUGUUGAUAAUAAUUUUGAAUAUGAGAAUGAAUUUAAUCGAGCAUCGAUUAAAAAAAAGUUUAAAAUGUUUAUUAGAGAAUUUCAUAUAAAUAAUCUAUUUAUUUAUCGUGAAAUGUUACGAAGAAAUUAUAAUAGUCGACGAUAUUGGAUUGAUAUUGAAUUACGUCAUUUAAGUGAUUAUGAUGAUAAUCUUUGUGAUCAUCUUAAAAAACAACCAACUGAACUUUUAUCAUUAUUUGAAGAAGCAGCUAAAGAAGUAGCUGAUGAAAUAACACGUCCACGUCCCGAUGAUGAAAUUGAUAUGCAUGAUAUACAAAUAAUGUUAAUGUAUGAUGCACAUCCAUUGCAUCUACGACAUUUAAAAUCAGAAUAUGUAUCGAAAUUGAUAAAAACUGUUGGUAUUGUUAUUGCAGCAAGUAGCAUAAGAACAAAAGCUUCACAUAUUGCUAUACAAUGUCGUUCAUGUCGAAAUAUUAUUUCAAAUAUUAAAGUUAAACCUGGUUUAGAAGGUUAUGCAUUGCCAAGAAAAUGUAAUAGUAUAACUCAACCAGGUCAACCAUCAUGUCAACUUGAUCCAUAUUUUGUUAUGCCUGAUAAAUGUCAAUGUAUUGAUUUUCAAAUUCUUAAAUUACAAGAAGCACCAGAAUUUGUACUACAUGGUGAAAUGCCAAAACAUAUUCAACUUUAUUGUGAUCGUAAUCUUGUUGAUCGUGCAAUGCCAGGUAAUAAAAUCACACUUGUUGGUAUUUAUUGUAUUAAACGAAAUGUUUCAAUGAGUAAAAUGCAAGGAAAAGAAAAAUUAAAUAUUGGUACACGUCAACCAUAUGUACGUGUACUUGGUAUUCGUAUUGAUACAAAUGGUAUUGGACGUUCAUCAGCUCAAACAUUAACAACAAGUGAAGAAGAAGAAUUUAUACAUUUCUCACAUACAUCGAAUAUUUAUGAUGUUAUUUCAAAUAGUAUUGCACCAUCAAUUUAUGGUGCAAAUGAUAUAAAAAAAGCUAUUGCUUGUUUACUUUUUGGUGGUUCAAGAAAACGUUUACCCGAUGGUUUAUUUCGUCGUGGUGAUAUUAACGUUUUACUUGUCGGUGAUCCUGGUACUGCUAAAUCUCAAUUAUUAAAAUUUAUUGAAAAAGUUGCACCAAUUGGAGUUUAUACAAGUGGUAAAGGUAGUAGUGCAGCUGGUCUUACGGCAAGCGUUAUUCGAGAUCCAAAUUCGAAAAAUUUUGUUAUUGAAGUGUUUAGUGGAGUUGAAAUAACUUCUAUACUAUAUAUAUAUGAUGAAAGUUUAGGUGGUGCUAUGGUAUUAGCUGAUGGUGGUGUUGUUUGUAUUGAUGAAUUUGAUAAAAUGCGUGAAGAUGAUCGUGUUGCUAUUCACGAAGCAAUGGAACAACAAACAAUUUCUAUUGCUAAAGCCGGUAUUACAACAACAUUAAAUUCACGAUGUAGUGUAUUAGCAGCAGCUAAUUCAAUAUAUGGUCGAUGGGAUGAUUUAAAAGGCGAUGAUAAUUUAGAUUUUAUGCCAACUAUUCUUUCACGUUUUGAUAUGAUUUUUAUUAUUAAAGAUGAACAUGAUGAAAAACGAGAUACGACAUUGGCUAAACAUGUUAUUAAAAUUCAUAUGAAUAUUUUAAAUACAGAUGAUAAUACUGGUGAUAUGAGUAUACAAAAAUUAAAAAAAUAUAUUGCUUAUUGUCGAAGUAAAUGUGGACCUCGUUUAUCGGAAAGUGCUUCUGAAAAAUUACGAAAUCAAUAUGUUGUUAUGCGUAAUGGUACAAGUAUUUAUGAACGUGAAAUUGGCAAAAAAACAGCUAUUCCAAUUACAGUCCGACAACUUGAAGCAUUAAUCCGUAUUGCUGAAAGUUUGGCAAAAAUGCGUUUAGCACCAUUUGCUGAUGAAGGUGAUGUUGAUGAAGCUCUUCGAUUAUUUCAUGUUUCGACUCUUUCAUCAGCUGGUUCUGGAAAUUUAGCUGGUAUUGAAGGUUUUACAACACCCGAAGAUCAAAAAGAAAUUGCACGUAUUGAAAAACAAAUUCGACGUCGAUUUGUUAUUGGUUCACAAGUAUCUGAAUAUGCUAUUGUUCAAGAUUUUAUUCAACAAAAUUAUUCUGAACGUGCUAUUUAUAAAGUUCUUCAUGCAAUGGUACGUCGUGGUGAUGUUCAAUAUCGUAUGCAACGUAAAGUUCUUAUUCGUGUUAGAUAA